AAAAGAGAAGAAGAAUUGAGAAGAAUAAUCUGCAUUUUUUCUUUUCAAGUUAUUGUUUAUUUUAUUUUUUAUUUUUAUUAGAUAUGGAUAUGAAAGUGGAAGUUAAUGUUAAAGUUGAAAAGGAAGAGUUGGAUGAAUAUGACCAAAAAUAUAUGGACAAUCAGUUAUCGACAUCAACAGAUCUACCAGACAUAAAAGAUGAACCAGAGGAAAAUAAACCAGAUAUGGAUAUGAAAGUGGAAGAUAAUGUUAAAGUUGAAAAGGAAGAGUUGGAUGAAUAUGACCAAAAAUAUAUGGACAAUCAGUUAUCGACAUCAACAGAUCUACCAGACAUAAAAGAUGAACCAGAGGAAAAUAAACCAGGUUGUUCAUUUCAAAAAGAAGAUUUGGAUGGAUACGUUGAAGAGAAAACAUUAAAUAAAAAUAUGAAAGUUGAAACUGGAAAAAAAUCACAUUUGAUGACUCAAAUUGGAAAAAAGGCUUAUGAGUGUGAAAUCUGUUUUAAACAAUUUACUAUGGCAGGGAAUUUAAAAAAUCAUUUUAGAGUGCACACAGGAAUAAAGCCUUAUAAGUGUGAAAUUUGUUCUAAGCAAUUUAGUCAGAAUGUAAAUUUGAAAAACCAUUUGGCGACCCACACUGGAAAAAAACCAUACAACUGUGAAAUUUGUUUUAAGCAAUUUACCCUAGCCAGUUAUUUAAAGAGACAUUUGGCGAAUUACAGUGAGGAAAAGCCUUACAAGUGUGAAAUUUGUUUUAAGGUAUUUACUCGAUAUGGAAGUUUGAAAACACAUUUAAUGAGUCACACUGGAAAAAAGCCUUACGAGUGUGAUAUUUGUUUGAAACAAUUUACUCGAACAUGUGACUUGAAAAUACAUUCGAGAGUGCACAUUGGAGAAAAAUCUUAUAAGUGUGAAAUUUGUUUAAAACUGUUUACUCAGGCAUGUAGUUUGAAAUCACAUUUGGAAAGACACACUAAAAUAAAGUCUUAAAAGUAUGCAGUCUGUUAACUGCAGUUAACUGCAGUAUGUUAACUGCAGUUAACAGUUAACUGCAGUAUGUUCUUUGAAGUCACCUUUCCAUAGUGGGCACUUUAAAGGGAAUAAGUUACUUUCUCGAGAAAUCGGUGUUUGAUUCUAAAACUAUGUAAUUUAAUCCUAUCUUUAAUCUAUUCAAAGGAUACCUAGUAGACUGAUAUUGCAAUGGCAAAAAAAAUUGAUCGAGUAUUACUGCUACACCCCUCUCCUGCACGGCGACGUCUUUUGUUGUAAAGACUGGCUGUCCCAAAAAUGUCGCUUGCUAGAUUUGCAGUCGUAUCCACUCACAAUGAGAAUGGCAAUGAAACAUGGAAUUUCUUCCGCUGUAAUUCUGGAGAUCUGGACAGUUUAAAAAUGACCUACCUUCUUGUUUCUGCUACUAACAUCUGGAUAUAUUAUCAUCAUUUUCUAGAACAGAGCAUGAGACCAGGAGACGCUUUUAAAGAAGAGGAGACGAUUUAUUAAAUAUUUCUUGUGCGUGUGUGUGAGCUUAAAAUUUUUUCGUGAACAGAACUUACCCACUUCAAGAAUGUGGUUAAAUUAACAUGCUUAAGUUUAAUUUAAAUUAAAGCAGUUUAUAGAGUAAGGAAAACCAGCCCUUACUCUUAUUAAUAAGUGUCAGAUUAGCUUAAUAUAUUUAAUUCAUAUAUUUACUUAUAUAGGAAUACGAAAGUAGGUCGAGGCUGGAAACGUAAUUCUGGCAGGAUCGCAAUGUCGAGUUCGGAGAAUUAGGGACGUUAUCACAACUUUUUCUUUAUUCCUGACUUUCCAAAACUACAGUUCACUUUUCCAUACUUUAUUUAAUAACGUAACCAGUACAAAAGGUUUGACUGAAACCAGUCUUUACAAAGUUUAGUAAACGUUUUUUUCUUCGAUUUUUAUUAAGGUACUAGUACACUUCAGUAGGCCAAAAAUAAGCAUUUUUUUAAGUUUUUUUUUCUCAGAACCUUUAUUAAAAAUGAACAUAAAACGUUUUGCAUAUUAAUAUCUAACUCUUAGACUCUUAGAGCAUACAAAAAAAAUAUAUUUUUUUAAAUAUACACGUACACUAAUAUUGUAGAGAGCGCCAAAGUCGAGGCCUCAAAAAACGUAGUUCCGAUGGCGGACAGUUAAUCUCAGGAUUGGGAUCUCUGAAACAAAAAAAAUCGUACGGAAUUUGAAAAAGGAAGGUUUCUUACGUGACAAUUUACACCGUUAGUGAAAAUAUCCGCAAAAAAAAAGAUUUUACGGAAAUUUGAAAAAAUUUUGUGAAAAAAUCGCCAGUUUUUCAUGGAUAAAAAAUAUUUAUUUUUUAUUUUUUGGUCAAAUUGUGGUAAAUUGUCACGUAAGAAACCUUCCUUUUUCAAAUGCAGUACGAUUUUUUUUAAGAAGCAUUUUGAUGAAUUAUUACAUGAUCAACGCAUCUAAAACCCUGAAGAAAUAUAAUAUUAUCUAUUAUAGGGUAGGCGUGUUUUUUUGGAAAUCUUGAUGUAGUCAUUGAACAAAUUCAAGCUGGAUUUAUAAGUAUGUACAAAGUGAACAACGAUUUAAAGUCUUAGAUCCUAGAAGUGGAUAUAUUUUCAAAUCGGAUCCAGAAGUUUUUGCAGAAGCCAGUAAAUUAGUUGCUGCGUACCCGUGAGUCUUCAGUUUAAGUAAUGAGUUUUUGGAACAACUGCAAUUUGUCAGAAAAUCAUUAAGGACAUAGUUGAAAUCGGCGAACUCUAUGAUGCAGCCAAAAUUAUUCUUAUAGAUUUUCAUUGCACUAUUGCUUGCAUACCAGAAGUGUGUCAUGCGUACAUCUUGUUUUUAGCUUUACGCGUCACGAUCGCCAGUUCAGAGGGAUCUUUUUCUAAACUUAAAUUAAUAAAACCAUAUCUUCGUAGUACAAUGUUAGAAGCACGGUUAUCUUCUCUAGAGCUUACAAGUAUUUAAAAACGAAGUUGCCCAUCAGAUAGAUAUUAAUAAAAUUGUAGAUAUAUUGGCUGAUUGUAGUGCACGAAGGAAAUUGUUCAUCUCAUAGAAUAAUACUAUGUAAUAAUGUAAUCUUUUAAAGAGUGUAGGCCCAAAAUUUCGAACUGAUGCCUUUUAAAUGCAUGCAUUUUUUUGAAUCCUGAGAAUACUAAUUAAUAUUUUUUAAAAGUUUAAACGCAGAAUGAAAGAUUACAUUAUUACCGAAGACUGAAAGUCCCUUAGAAUAAACAAAAAGUUUCUUUUGAAUGAGAUAUUUGAAAUUAAAAAUCAUACUAAAUAUUCUCUUUUUUUCACCCCUGUAACUUUUCAGGGACUUUCGGCCCUCGGUCGUAACGUAAUCUUACAUUCUGCUUUUAAAUUUUUCAAAAAUACUUACUAGUUUUCUCAGGAUUCGAAAAAAUGAAUGCAUUUAAAAAGCAUUGGCACAAAAUUUUGCGUCUACGCUCUUAAUUUUUAUUCUAUACCAAUAAAGAUCAAAAAUGCAAGUUUUUAUAAAAAGUGCAUGAAUACACUAACACAGUGGCGGCUCGUGGCUUUAGGGACAGGGUCGGCAAGGUUUUGUCUCCAAAGGCUUCAAUUUCAUAGGAGAUCUUUGGUUUUUGUUUUUUUUUUAUUUUUUUUUUGUUUUUUUCGUAUAAAUUUAGAAACUAUACCUGUUUAUAAAUUAACUCUAGUCUAUGUUGUUUCGAAGUAGCAAAAUGGGUUAUAACGUAAUUGUAAAAUUUAUUAUUGUUUUGGAGGGAUUUUAAAAGUUUUUUUCUAUCGACAUUUGAGACAAGUUUGACAUUCUCUCCUGUUUCAUGGUGUUUCGACAAUACGAUUUGACUCUUUUGAGACAAGAGAAAUCCCGUUCAUUUGAGAUAGAAUUUGCCCACAUUUGAGCACAAUAAUUUAUUAAUUUCGGGAACAGUUGAAUAAUGUCGCUAAUGGAUUGCAGUAUAUAAAAUUAUACAUAGUCUGUAACUUAUCCCACCUUCCGAAAAUAUUUGGAUCAGAAUAUAAAACUGUUAAUCCAUUUUCUUAUUUUAUUUGAUUAAAAAUUGAUGGAGAAUUUUUAAUGAACUUGCUAAUAGAUAUUUUGAAAAUUCUUUGGCGUAACUUUUAAAUUUUGAAUAGUCAAAGAGGUCAAUGACUUAUAACAGUGAGUAAAUAAUAGUUUUGCCUGGUGCAAUUGUUUUAACUUUUGUCCGGAGACCAUACAAUUCACUGGACAUCAAGACAGCCCCGUCAUAAAUUUGCCUUACCAAUUUAUUUUUGAUAUCAAAAAAUUUUAAUUUGUCCUUUAAAUUAAAACACCAAAAAUAUAUUCUGUCUUAUGGCUUCUACUCACGUCUGAAAACCUAACAACCUCUCAUAAAUAUUAGACGUAACGCGUAUCGAAGAACAAUUAUUGAUACUUGUGAAUGACAUGUUACCUAUAUCAGUAGUUUCGUCUACUUCUACCGAAAAGGAUCAGAAUGUAACUACUAAUUGAUUCUUUCAUUCUGUGCUGUGUGCUGUUUUAGGUACGCCGCUAUAUUCUUCGAGUCAGAAAAUAAAUUAGAAAAUUCCAGAUCGUAUUUGUUAAACAAUUUUAUUUGUUCUCUACAAUUAACUUGAUUUAACGAAUACUCCGAUACAUCCUGUCCCCUAAAUGGUAAUUCCUAACAACUUAAAAGAAUUACAAUAUCAAUAAUAAUUAAACGACGUAAAACUACUUACCUAUUUCAUAAUUUUAUCCCGGGCGCGCUAGCAAGGCAAUACGUGGCUACGUACGUGCCUAUCUGCCGUUUGCAGAUCAUUGCUCGGCAGACGUACCCGCUGCCGUACUUGCCAUUCAAAUAAAUACGGGGAAUGUAUAAUUGGUUGCCUAUCGGCUAAUAUUCCAUAGCUUCUUAUUAUAAGCAAAUCGUCGAUUUGGGGACGACAUGCCGAGCCGGGCUUUAUAAUAAGAAUUCACACAAUCGCAAUCGGGUGCGGGUGCAUGGCUAUAGGAUCAUUCAUUUGAAAAGUCUCUUACAGCGCACAGGGAUCACUUAAUUAACGUAUCGGGAUCGAAUUCUUUUAAAAACAAUGAAUACAAUAUAGUCUGUAUUAUCUCACAGAUAUAUUUUUUAUUUCACAGAAACGAAUAUCAUCAACUCCGAUUAAAUUAAAUAUUUAAAAAAUCUAUAAUGUGUCAAAUGUGUGGGUCGGCACUGCCGACCCUGACGAGCCUCCACUGCACUAACACAUAGACGUUUUUGUUAUACAAGCCACACUUAGUAAUUUUUUAAAGGGGGCCCCAUGUCCAAUUCUGCGGGGGGCCCCGACGGAGUUUGUUACGCCACUGUUGGUUUCCCUUUCUCUAUACGUUUUAAAAGUUGGUAUAAUUAUAAUUCAAAAACGUUUUAUAUUUUCCAUUAAUAUGUAUAAUAUUAAGAUAAAUAACAAAAUAUUUCUUUAUACUUUAUAUAGUAUAAAACAGAACCGUGAUUUAGUUCUUUUAUUACACUUAUUUCUUCUAAA